CUCUCAUGGUAAACUGAUCACCACUUCCAUUAUUUGGCUCCAAAGGUCUAUGCAAACAAACCAGUUAGCCUAUAAAAGGAAGCAUGUGGUAAAGAAAACAAAGUACUUUAUCCUGUUCCACGGCUUGGAAGGGAAGCUUUUCUAGAUGUCUGCGACCAUGGUGAGUUUUUAGUUGUUAAAAUGUAAAACUGUUGUUUGCAGCUGUCAUUGUCUAUUGAUGAAAUAAAGUAAACCAUGGAGGUGAACUUUUAAAAUGUGGAAAUUUAUAAAAAAAAAUGUAAUGUGACUAUUUUUCACCCUUCAUAUGACAGGGAUAUCAAGACUGUCAUGAUUUAAUCCAUGUUUCAGAGAUGUGACACUGAAAUUAAAAAUAUAAAAACUGCAAUGUCUGUUUCUGUUUUCUUGUGAAGAAAUAUCUGGCGUUGGCUUUGGUGCUGUGUGGACUGUCAUCCGUGACAAAUGCUCAAUGCUACCAGAAGCCUCCAAAUCCAGGUAAAACAAAUGAGUAUACAAGGACAUUCAUACAGGAUUUUAAUUCUAAAUAUUAAACAUUAUGUUUUUACACACAUUACCCUUCAAAUGUGUUCUUCUCACACCCACAGACCACAUGACCCACUGCCGGGAUGAUGUGGACCUGACAUGGCAUCCAGUAGGAUCUUCAUGGAGAAACAGCAAGUGUAUGGACUGUACAUGCGGUGGAUGUUGUGCAGGGUAAAGUGAAACACAUAUAGACACCAUACUUCCAGUUAAAAGGAAGAAUUUACUAAUUUGAUAUUUUCAGAUUGCACAACUGAUUGUGAAAAUUGUGUGAUUGCAGGUAUUCAACCCCACGCUCAUACCCAGAGGACUGUGUCUCUGUAUUUAAUCCAGUGGCGUGUGAAUAUGUCGUGCACAAAAGGAACAAUCCUUCCGAGCUAUGCCCGAUUUAUGGUGCUGUAGGAAAGUGAGGCAGUUGUCAUCUCAAGUCAUCUAAACAGAAGUUCUGCUUGAUAUAAAAUGUCAUUAAACGUAGAAAAAGUAUUCACAAAUCAAUUCUUUUUCAUAUUUCAAUGACAAUAACGUCUCAAUUUAUGUCGUAAAAUAACCCUGUGGUAAGUUUAGAAGAAAUAAGGCAGGGCAGGGUCAAGAUGGUACGUCAUUGUAUAAUGGAAUAUCGAGCAUCCACCGAAGGUUUUAAGUCAAGUUUGCUGGCCUGUCAUUUAAUUUGCCUGAUGUGAGUUGUCAUAUUUUUGCAUGUGAAAUAAAGAAGUUGGACUUGGUCAAA